UUCAUCCAGGGCAAACACUCGAAGCAGUCAGGCAGGCCAGCCCUGCCAACUCAUAGUAAUUAUCUGUGAGACAAGACGAGACGAGACAAGACGAGAGAGACUCUUCUGUCCUCAGUCUAUCAAGGCCCGUCAGCGUUUCAACAUCAUCUUCAAAGAGAACUUCACUUCACUUUCCAUCGACAUGUGGCUGCUGCUGCCCAUUCUGCUGUAUUCGGUGAUCUUUCUGGCUGUGCGACACAUCUAUAGCCACUGGCGACGCAAGGGCUUCCCCUCGGAAAGGGCCGGCAUCUCGUGGUCUUUCCUGCAUCAGGCCUAUCGUCGGGAAUUCCGACAUGUGGAGGCCAUCUGUGAGGCCUACCAGACGGGUCGUGAUCGUCUAUUGGGCAUCUACUGCUUCUUUCGGCCGGUGCUCAUCGUUCGCAAUGUGGAAUUGGCUCAAACGAUACUCCAGCAGUCGAAUGGACACUUUAAUGACCUCAAAUGGGACUAUGUCAAGGGCUACAGGCGGUUCAAUCUGUUGGAGAAGCUAUCGCCAAUAUUUGCCACCAAACGGCUGUCAGAGAUGUUUGGCCAUGUGCAGCGUGUGGGAGAUCAUUUGACAGCCCAUUUGUUGCACUUGGAACAGGCACAGGGCAGGGCACUGGAACUGGAUUUGCAGCAAAUGUUGAGAGUUUAUGCCAUCAACAUUAUAGGCAAUCUUAUUUACGGUUUGGAUGUCAACAACUUUGAGCAAAAGGAUCACAUACUCAGCAGCUAUGUGAGCACAGGGCAUGCCAGUCUUCAGUCAUUCACUCUAAGGCGCCUGCCACAGAAAUCCUCCUUCACCUAUCGCCUCAGGGAUCUCAUCAAGCAAGGCGUUGAGCAUCGCGAGGAGCAUGGACUUAUACGCAAAGAUAUACUCCAAUUACUCAUUAGAUUCCGCAAUGGCAAUGACAUCAGCGGGGACAAGUGGCAAAUAGAUAUGGAUAAUGAACAAGACAAACUUUUGUCCAUCAAACGUGUGGCUAAAGUGGCUGAGGAGCUGCUCAAAGUAUCCCUAGAUUCGGUAUCCUCAAAUAUAACACUAACACUCUUUGAGAUACUGCAAGAACCACUCAUAGUGGAGAAACUUCAAACUGAAAUCAAGGAACUAAGCGUAGAGAAUGGCUUACUCAAGUUUGAGGAGCUCGAAGGACUCAAGUACAUGGAUAUGUGUCUUAAAGAAACCAAUCGCAAAUAUCCACCAUUACCCAUCAUUGAACGCAUUUGCCGCAAAAGUUAUACGCUGCCCAACACUAAGUUUACCAUUGAUGAGGGCAAAACCCUGAUGGUGCCCCUGCUGGCCAUACACCGAGACGAGCGCUACUUCAGCGAGCCCAUGAAGUACAAACCUUUAAGGUUCCUACAUACAGAAAAGUCUGCGGAGUGCCAGAGCAGUGCCUUCAUUGGGUUCGGCAUUGGUGGAGCUCAGUGUGUGGGGCAAAACUUUGCCAAAAUGGUCAUCAAAGUUGCGCUGAUCAAAGUGCUGCAAAACUUUCAUCUGGAAUUGGAUGCAGCGCUCAUGGAAAACAUAGAAAUUUCGCAUCAACCAGCUCCGUUUAUACGCACCAAAGAUGGUCUGAAAGUCAGGUUGAAAAGGCGCGAAAUAAAGCCGAAAUUUUACAGCUACGCUAAAAGUAAAUUAGGAUCGGGGAGAAACUCUUUCAGCUGUUAAGUUCUUUAAUUUGUGUGUGUGUGUGUGUGUUCUGUGUCCUUUUGCAACACUUUGUUGCUUUCCUGUGCGAGGCACCUAAAAUUAUGCUAUAAAUAAAAUACAGUAUAUUACGGUCA